AUGAGCGUCGUCCCUUCCGGGAACCGCCCCGGCCAGGGGCAUCCCUCUGCUUCUGUGUCUGUCGUCGCUCGUGCUGAUGUUUCGUCUGGUCCGGGGAGUGUGGGGGACGGGAGCCUUGCUCGAGAUGCGGUGGAUGACGUUGGUGCAGGGGAGGAGCCAUCCGAGAGUUCAAGCGGAACUGGAGCGUCAAGGGACCGAAAGAGGAAGGGAGGAGAGGGACAAGUUCAGUCCUCGGGGACGAAGCGUGCACGAGGGAGACCUGUGCAGGAACCGACAGAGGAGGAGGACGAGAUCACAGAAGGCACAGGAGUAGAAAAAAAGGCGUUGAAGCCUGCGACGGAAGGCGACGGCGAUGACGAUGCACCCACCUUCAAAGUGGUGACGAGCAAUCAAAGGCAGAGGCGGUGGCAUGCUAUAGAACGCUUUGUCGAUACCGAGCACUUGGACCUAACCGAAGAGGAGCUGACACGUCUGCUGGUUGAGCCAGAAGAUAUCCCUCCUCCAUCACAUGCCAAUGCCUACUACACCGUCCUUCUUACACUGUUCGACCGAUUAUCACACGACAUUUACGCAUUUAGAAGCGUGGCGAAACGCACCGGCACCAUGAGAAACGUCAAUAGGUUCCUUCGCGCUACCGCUAGGGCGGUGUUUUAUGUUCGUCACUAUGACCGGCUUGACCAAUACGUGCCGCCGCCGUCCAAUCAGGAGCUCCUCACAUUUGCGGUCACGGCGAGGGACCGUUUGCAAAAUGCCAUCGGGCACUCGCUUACCAUGCUGUUCGGCGACGAUAUAAUGUUUUGCCUAGAUCGCCUGGAGUUGGAGCUUCUGCGAAUAGCCAUUGGGGCGUCACGUGGGAGUCAUGGCAAGCCGACGACGCCCCGGAGGACACUGAUACUCCAUGGAGUCAACGAAAAGGAUCCGUACAUGAAACACAUCCUGGACAAGCGAUCUGAGUUGGCCUGGCGCCUGACAGGCAGGAACCCCGUGGCAGAUCUCACUCUGUGGCUACAACGAAACCCGAGCAUCGACGAAACUGCCGCCUUUGGCCCCCAUGACCCGAGGGCGAUAUUGCGUACUGACGAGAGUGGCCGCCGGUUCCGAGAACCUACAGUGCCAGCGUUGCCGCCGGCGAACAUUUUUACGGAGGAUGUCCCUGGAACAGAUUUUCCACCUUCCGAAUGGGCUGUGUUCCUCGAUGACCAAGCACAUCUGGCUAUUAGAGACGCCGGAGAAAGCCGGAGAAAUCUGUUGCAAAGGCCGACGGUUCUGUCCCUCAAUCGCUUUCUGCAUCGGCACACAGUGGUUUGUCUGCUCUUGGCUAGAGCGGCAGCGAUAUUGAGCACUUACCCGUCCCUCGAGCGUAAUUACAUGUUCGUAAGAGCUACGCAAAAAUUGAGGGACAUGCUCAACCUCUCCUGGCACAAGAUGGGCAUUGGAGAGUCCGCAGGAAAGAAGAUUGAAAACGUCCUCAUCGCUCGCGGUCAACGUGGACAGCGUUACGCCGCGUCGACAUGGUGGAGUUACUCGCUGACGCUCUCGAAGGCGACGACGAAUUUGCGCAGCGAAGUGAUGUCAGCACCGAGCCCGGGAGCCUCCUCGACCUUGUGCGGCUGUUUCGCGAAGUCGGUUGCUUCGUUUGCUGCCGCUCUCUCCGGCCCUGUCUUUCCCCUUGCAGGCCCUAUGCUGGUUCACUGGAUUUCUCUGUCCGAGGCACGAGACCGCUCCCGGGAUGGCGGCGUCUUGGCAGGGGCCGAUGGACCGCGGCGGAUGACGGUCGAGACUCUCCCCAGACAACCCCGACUUACGUGGGCUUCGCAACACACAGGAGCCCAGCCUCAGCCUUUUCACGCACCUCCGGCAGACGACAACGGCGAGUUGCCUGGUGCGGCUGCAAUCAUGGAUGCAAGUCAACACGAACUGUACCAGGACUACCCGGCACCCCAGCCAUAUCCCCACGCAUAUGACAUCAACGAGCUGUUGGAGGAUGUGUUGAGUGUCAUCGAAAAUGACAUCGGGCAGGACCACGACGGAGACCAUCAACAACCUGUCGUUCCCCCUCAUCCACACGACAACGGCGAGUUGCCUGGUGCGGCUGCAAUGAUGGAUGCAAGUCAACACGAACUGUACCAGGACUACCCGGCACCCCAGCCAUAUCCCCACGCAAAUGACAUCAACGAGCUGUUGGAGGAUGUGUUGAGUGUCAUCGAAAAUGACAUCGGGCAGGACCACGACGGAGACCAUCAACAACCUGUCGUUCCCCCUCAUCCACACGACAACGGCGAGUUGCCUGAUGCAGCUGCAAUGAUGGAUUCAGAAGAAGACCCACAACAGGAAGGAGACGAAUCGUGA